GAUCUCGCUUCACUGUCAUCCUUUGAUCAGCAAGGCGCAGCUAAGCAGAAGAUGCUUCAAACCGAGCUUAAAGGGAAGGAGGCAAAAAUGAAAGAAAGCGAGAAGGAAGGUGUGGAGGGAAGAAAGGUACUGGAGAAGAUGACUAAAGAAGUGGACAAGCUCAAGAGAGAAGUGGAGAACGAGAACUGGGGCGAAGAACGCGAGAAAGAGCUCGAUGAACGCAGGCGAACAUGUCGUGCUCGCAUCGCUGAACUUACAGAACAGCGAGACGCCUUGCGGUCAAAGCUUUCUGCGCUCGAGUUCAGCUAUACACCGCCAUCAAGCAACUUCGACACCAGCAAGGUACAUGGUCUGGUAGCGAAGCUGGUCGAUCUUCCUGCUUCAUCCCAUGCGUCAUCAACUGCCCUGGAAAUCGCUGCGGGAGGCAAGUUAUAUAAUGUUGUGGUGGAGAACGAGAAAGUUGGCAGUGACCUGUUGCAGAAGGGGCAAUUGAAGAAACGCGUAACCAUCAUCCCGCUCAACAAGAUUAACCAGCCAAAGGUCCCAACAGAAAAACUAAAUGCCGCGAACCAGAUUGCACCGGGGAAAGUCAAUGUUGCUCUUUCUCUUGUCGGCUUCGAACAUGAAGUGAAGGCAGCAAUGUCCUACGUAUUCGGCGAUACCUUGAUCUGUUCGGACUCCGCAUCAGCCCAGGCAGUCACGUUCUCGCCUCAAGUUGGAAUGAAGUCGGUCACGCUCGACGGUGAUGUAUAUGACCCUUCUGGUACACUAUCUGGGGGCUCCAAGCCGAGCGGUAGCGGCAUAUUGAUCAAAGUGAUGGAGCUGAAAGAAUGUGAGGCCGAGCUGGAGGAGGCUCAACGAGAAGGAGCUCAGGUGAAGAAUGAGUGGGAACAGACUAGGGAAAAAGCAAAGAGGUGGGAGGAGAGGCGACGGGAGCUCGAGAUCAAGAGUCAUGAGAUGACUUUGAUGGAGGAGCGUGUCUCUGGCGGUAACGCUGCUAUCCUCAAGCAAAAUAUAGAUGACAUCAAGCAAUCCCUGAAAGAAAUCGAGGACAGCUUAAAAGUGUCCAAAGCGAAGCAGAAGGAAGCCGAAGCUGAGAUCUCCAAGAUCGAAAAGGAUAUGGAGGAGUUCAAAGGCAACAAAGAGGGCAAGAUUAG